UUAACUGGAAUAUAAAAUAGGUAAGAAAAACCAGUGUGCGCUGCCCAGCACUUUACAAGUACCCAUCUGACAUUACAUGGGCAACUGCCUAAGGACUGAUCUCUGCCCAAGUCAAAGUCCAUAAAGGAAAAUCAGCAAUGACCAGAGAUGAGAGGACAUAUCAGCAACAGAUGAAAAUUAUGAAUGGGAAGUGGGCAGAUCCUAGCACCCAUAACAUCAUAACCAGGGUUGUCACCAAAGUACCAGAAAUGUGCAUGUCAAGAGAAGAAAAAAACAACAAUUCUGAAUUGGAUGUGAAAAAAUGAUAAGUUAGUUUGCCUCAGCUGUGGGCUGGAGAUGAGAUAGAAUAUUAUUUAACAUAUCUUUAAAGAAUAAGCAAGCCAUCUUCAAAUCAUAGUUACAGAGACAUGUGAAUGGCUGCUACCUCCAUCCAACAAUCAUUGUACCAAAACAGUUGGAUUCUCUCAAUAUGUGGCCAUCAGCUACACAAAGAUGUGGCUUCCUCACGUCCUCUAAUCUGCCAGUGCCUUUGAAAAGCAUUUCUGUGGAUGUCAAUAUACGAGGUUUCGUGGCUGACGUAGUAUCAGAACUCCAGUACCAGAAUGAGGAAAAUAAUCCAGUGGAGGCCACCUUUGUCUUCCCUCUGGAUGAUGACGCUGCAGUCUAUGCCUUUGAAGGUCUGAUCGGUGGGACACGGAUUGAGGCCCAGAUCCGAGAGAAGAAGCAGGCAGAGCAAGAAUACGAAGAUGCCCUGAGCGAAGGCCACCAGGCUUUCCUGCUUGAGAGAGAAGAAAAUACCAGUGACAUUUUCACAUGCAACCUGGGCAAUCUUCCUCCUGGUGUGGAAGCCACACUGAAACUGCGCUAUGUUCAAGCACUACCAGUGGAACCAGAUGAUGCUGUCCGUUUUGUCCUGCCAGCUGUCUUAAACCCCCGCUAUGUUCCUGCAGGUUCAGAAGAGGGGACUGUUAAUAUAGUACACGGGCUUAAAGAAGAUCUGUUCUACACACUCAGCCUCAGUGCCAGGUUGGAGUCCCCCUAUGGCAUCAACCGUGUAGAGUCAAAAUGCAGCCUAGAUCCUCUGCAAUAUAUGACGGAGGACCACACUACUGCACAGGUCUCCUUGGCUAAAGGACACCAGUUUGACCGUGAUGUGGAACUGCUGAUAUAUUAUGAAGAUGUGCACAAGACAAAUGCCAUUUUAGAGACUGGGAAGUCUGGAGCUGCCCCAGGUUCGCUGAUGGGAGACACAGCCCUUCUGCUGACCCUGUACCCCAACAUUUCAGUUGUCAAGCCAGAUCAUAGUGCUGUUGGAGAGUUAAUCUUCCUGCUAGAUCGCUCUGGCAGCAUGGGUACCACCAUGGAUAACCAUGUUGGGUCACCAUCACGCAUUCAGAGUGCCAAGGAAACCCUGAUUUUCUUGCUAAAGAGUCUCCCUCUGGGAUGUUACUUCAACGUCUAUGGCUUUGGCUCUACUUAUGAAUCAUUCUACCCGCAGAGUGUGGAGUACACCCAGGAGAGCAUGAGCACUUCUAUCCAAUGUGUGAAGGAGCUGGAUUGUAACUUGGGAGGCACAGAGAUAUUAGAGCCCCUAAAGGCCAUUUACAGCCAGCCCUGCCUUGAAGGAAAUCCUCGACAGAUCUUUGUGUUCACUGAUGGAGAGGUGUUUAAUACAAAUGAGGUCAUUGCUGAAGUUAGGCGUAAUAGUGGCUCCCACAGGUGCUUCUCCUUUGGCAUUGGGGAAGGGGCUUCAACGGCUCUGGUCAAAGGCAUUGCUCGAGCUGCUGGAGGCAGUGCCGAAUUCAUCACUGGUAAAGAACGCAUGCAGGCCAAGGUUUUGCAAAGUCUGAAGAAGGCCCUUCAUCCAGCAGUGUCGGGAUUCUCUCUGAAGUGGGAGUUGCCUUCUGGCCUUGAGGCCAAACUUGUGGGGUCAGGCCCUCAGGUCAUUUUCCAAGGUCAGCGCUGCCUCAUCUAUGCCCAGAUCCAGGGCCAACUUCAGAUGUCAGGCUCCAUGGAGGGGACAGCCGUGAUUCAGUAUAAUUUCCAAAAUGAGACUCACACAGAAACAACAAAGUUCUCACUCCAGCUUGAGAAGACAGACAGGCUCCCUGUUCACCGUCUGGCAGCUCAGGCGCUGUUGCAGGAAUUAGAAGAGGACAAGGAGAAGGUGGAGGAAAAGCGGGUCCUGGCGCUAGAGACAAGCUUGAGCUCUGGGGUGGUGUGUUCCCAGACAGCUUACGUGGGUGUGAACAUGGAGCUGGGCAAGCCAGUUCAAGGACCUCUCCUCCACCGAAAUGUCCCCCUUCCAGUGUCUGCAGUUCUCGGGGGAUCAUCAGGAUUUUUCCACAAUGCAUUACCAUUUACAUAUCAAUGUUUUGAUCCUUGGGGAGGAGAAAGUUUGUGUCUCAUCCAGCAAGAAGAUUCUGGAGAUGAAGUAGGUGCCUUAGGAAGAAACAUACAUCCAUGUAGUUAUGAUGAACUAUUAUUUGAAGAGCAAUGUGAUCCUCUACCAGUCAUCAACAUCAUGUCACGGAAGUGCAAGCUAGUUCAAGAUCCAGAACUUUGCAGACCUCAGGAGGAGGAAUCUCCUCUUUUGAAGUUGGUAUCCCUGCAGAAUGCAGAUGGCUCCUGGCCUCAUGGGCCUGCCCUAGCCACCAUACUAGACCUGAAUGAGGCUGAGAUCUCAGGCACAGCACCAGCCCAUGUGACCCCAGAUAUAUGGGCAACAGUGCUGGCUAUUCUCUGGCUUCAUUUGAAUGCUGCAGAGCAGAAAGAUGAGUGGGAGCUGCUGGAAGGAAAAGCUGUUCAUUGGCUCAAACUGAAUGCAGGAGCUCAGCUGGCUGAGUGUGUGAAAGCUGGUAAUGCAGUCCUGGGAAGCAGUGUGAGCCCUCAGAUAUGGGGGCUUUGAGUUAAUGGAGUUAUCCUAAACUUCAAAUGGAAAUGUCCAAUUCUGUUAUUGCUGAACUUUGAUCCGCUGACCCCACCCUUAGGGCAACAUUAGCUAUCCUUCAAAACAGCAACCUCCAACCUUUUGGGCAACGGAGACUGGUUCCGCAGGAAAAAAUUUCCACGGACCGGCUGGAGGCACAUGGGUUUUCAUGCUACCUAAUACUGUCCAUGCACUGAUGAAGCUUCAUUCGGUUAUGUGACCCAGAUCAGUUUAACCUAGGAGAUGUAAUCUGAGGGUAAUUAAUGUAUAUUCUUUCCCUCAAGGGAAAUAUACAUAGAGAAAUGCUAUGCCAAUUAACAGCUGAAACUAUGAUUCUAAUCUUUUAAUAACUGCUGCUAUGAAUAAGAUACGUAUAUAGGCUGUAUUCCUCUUGAACUGCUUAGUUAUGAAGUUAAUAGAUUUUUGAAUGAUUAGCCUUCAAAUCUAUGAACCCCCAAGCCAAUAAGCGAUGUUCCAGCUUGACUAUUAAGUUUUGGCAAAACAUAAGUUCUGAUAUCAUUACAAAUAAUGCCAUGUAUUAAACAUUGAAGCAACAAAA